GGACUUUCAUCAAGCAAGGGGGAGGAAGUUGCUUCCUUUCUCAUAGAUAGUUGAGUGUUUUUUGCCUUUUGUGUCCAGAAUUUCUUUUUCUGGUCAGUUUUGUGGGUUUUACCAAAACAAGCAAAGGAUAUGGGGCUUUUUUGUUGCCAACCGCUGAUUUAUAUAUUAUUAUAGUAUAUUUUUAUGUUUCUUUUUCAAGGUGGGGUUCUGGGGUAGGAAAAUAAAGACAUUAAUGAAGAUAUAUAUGGAAAAAAAGGAAAGGUAGGUACAGCUUGUGCUUAGCUUGGUGGUGUGUGAGCCCAAGUAAAGGUCAAUCAAUCUCAAAAUCUUCCUUCCUACUCUCUCUAUAAUUUCUGGGUCUUUGUGGUUUCCCUCUCUCAAUCCUCCUCAUCUCUCUCUCUCUCUCUCUUUCCUUCUUUGGCAUCUUCUUCCUCCCUUAUUUGUCCAUAGCUUCUUUCUGGGUUUCCUUUUGCAUAUUUGGAAAAUUGGCUCAGCUUCUCUUGAACUCUGUUUUUCCUUUUUUAGCUUGUUGAGGAGAUUUGAGCUGAAGAAGUUUUCUGUUUUGCUUUGUCUUUUGGUUCUCGGAGUUGAAUCAAUCAAUCACAAAAACCCACCUAUUAUAUGUAAUAUAUAUAUAUAUAUAUAUUUGUAUUUUUCAGGGUCUAGUCCAAGUCUUUGCUCACAAACCUGAGAAGGUCUCUUUUAGUUUCUUUUCUUUCCAUUUUGGGCUUCUUCUUCCUUCUUUUGUUUGUAACCAAGAGGCUAUUUGGGGCCAAUUUCUUAACACUCAAUUCUUCCCCUUUGCCUCUCUCUCUCUCUCUCUCUCUCUCUCUCUCUCUCUCCUUCAUAUCUUCAUUUUGAUUAAAGAACUUAAAGAACUCAUAUUUCCUUUACACAAAUUCUAUAUAUUGAUUGCUUAUUUGAAUUGAAGAAGAGGAUCCAAUAUAUUUAACCUCAUCUUUAUCAUCUUUCCAAGUCCUACCCACAAGUCACAAACCUCUCUCUUCCACAAAACAAACCCAAAAAAAGCUUCUUGGGUUAAUUUUACCUAUUGGAUUUGUGCAGUGAAAGCUGAGAGCGCUUCCUUCUGUUAAAAAUGGUGAGAGGAAAAACCCAGAUGAGGCGCAUAGAGAACGCCACCAGCCGGCAAGUCACCUUCUCAAAGAGGAGAAGUGGUCUUCUAAAGAAGGCCUUUGAGCUUUCAGUUCUUUGUGAUGCUGAGGUUGCGCUCAUAAUAUUCUCUCCAAGGGGAAAGCUCUAUGAAUUUGCAAGUUCGAGCAUGCAGACAACCAUAGAACGUUAUCAGAAGCAUACAAAAGACAACCUUACCAACAACAAAUCCGUUUCCACUGACCAAAAUAUGCAGCACCUGAAGCAAGAAUCAUCUAGCAUGAUGAAGCAGAUAGAGCUUCUUGAAGUAUCAAAACGGAAGCUCUUGGGAGAGGGUCUAGGAUCAUGCAGUAUUGAAGAGCUACAAGAAAUUGAGCAACAGUUGGAGAGGAGCGUGAGCAAUGUUCGAGCAAGAAAGACUCAAGUUUUCAAGGAACAGAUUGAGCAACUGAGAGAAAAGGGGAAAGCCCUAGCAGCUGAAAAUGAAAAACUAAUUGAGAAGUGUGGUAGAAUCCAACCAAGGCAAGCAUCAAAUGAGCAAAGAGAAAACUUAGCCUACACUGAAAGUAGUCCAAGUUCAGAUGUUGAGACUGAAUUGUUCAUUGGACUGCCAGAAAGAAGAAAGCGCUAGCUUCUCCUCAGAGUGCUUAAUAUUCUAAUGCCAUGGCUGAGCAGGAAUAUAAAAUUCUAUAGUUUUUAGAUUGUUUUGUUUUCUGCAUUAGAUUGUUGCUCCGCUAAAUUGCUGCAUUGGAGCUUUGCAAGCAAUAAGACUGUAUUGUAGUAGGGAUCAUAUUAAUUGUCUUCUUGAAAUGAUUGUGAUGCAUAUAUAUAUGACCACGAAAUACUAUUGGACUAUCUCA